AUGUCUGCACAAUUUGACCGUGACGCAUCAUCCACGUGGUCCUUCGAACCCACUUGGGAUCCUAACGCUGCCUGGGAUUCUCUGUGGCAGCAGCAUCAGCAGCCAACCAGCAGCAUUGGCGGCGGCAGCGGCGGCGAGCCAUGGGACGAUUUCCCGCCAUUCCCGGACCUGACUUCGGAUCCGACCGUGUCGCCGGCGUCGUCCUUGAUGAUGACCGACCUCACCCCGCAGUUCCGGUACAGCACCCAGACACCCAUCGUCAGCGGUGACACCAGUGCCAGUGCCAGCGUCUGCGCAUACAACGAUGACAUUUCACCCAUCGACAACAGCGACAGCAACAGCAACAGCAACAAGGAUAGUCCGUUUCACACAAUAAGUGGCGCGCCGCCCACACGUCCCAAAAUCGCGGCCCGUCGUCGGUCCGCUGUCCUCGCACCAAAAUCAGCAGCAGCGGCAGCGGCCGCUGCUGCUGGAGCCGGUGCCGGCCGCUCCCGCUCCUGGAGUGCAGCGGUCACCGCUGCUCCCAUGUACAAAUAUGUGGCCCAUGCUCAGCUUUCUAUGCAAUCCGGACAACCCAAGAAUUGUCUCGAAAAUCAAAACGCUUGGCUGCAGAUCGCGCGCAUUUCGAACGAGCGGCAUCGCGUGCUUGCAGAUCGGUUUGUCCUUAAAAAGGGCGCAACCAGCGUUAAAGAACUCAAAGCACGUGCCGACGUCGAUCACGUGCUCGCGCUGUUCUCACAGCACUAUGUACGGGAAAAAGUGGCGAUCCUGGCGCGCGAGCACGUGAAACACGAGCGGGCCAGUGGUCACGUGUACGACGAUAUCGGCGACACCACCACUACCACUACAAGUUCAUCGCCGCCGUUACUGCAGGCUCUGCAACGACGCGAUCUGGAAGCCGCCAACAAAUCGCUGUGGCUAGACCAGAACCAGCCACGAACCGCAGCCCAGGUCAAACAGUUCCCGCGACUCACCGUUUUCGACGAGCCGUGUCACCAGCAGCCAAAUUCGUCAUUGACACCGGGGCUCCUGGCUGUCGAAGUGCGCACCAGCAGCGGGUACAGUGAUUUCACCGCCUCUUCAACGGAAAAUGCCACGUUAUCGGAAUGGGAUUGUGAUCUUUUACAGCUGCGGCACAUGUUCCUACUGCGUGAAAGCGAAGACCGCAGACGCAAAAACAAGUACUACGAGUUCAUCGAGGGCAAAAUGAAACGUCCGCUCAACAGCUUCAUGUUGUAUCGUUCCGCACUUAUGAAAGCGGUCGCUAUCCUAAAAGUGUGCAGUGUUGUCACAGACACGUGCCAGGUGCUAUCCAGUCAUUACCCACAACUCACAGAACCCCAGCUACUGGCCGUGGUGGGCAGCGUUGUUCAGGAUGUUGAACUACCUUUCACUUUACCGGUCGAUAUUGACCGAGACGUUGUGUUAGAAGCAAUUCAAGCCACAAUGUACGAACCCGUCGAUACCUUUAAUCCUAAUUCAGAGCUCAAACUUGUUGACCCCAAAUUCAACAGCCAAACAGACGUUGCUCAAAUCAUCACACUUAUGUGGAAUACAGAGCCAGAAGAUUUCAAACAACGUUUUGUUGAAUUUUCGCAAAUCGAAAAACAGCAUCAUCACCAAGUGUAUCCAAAGUAUAAAUACUGUCCCGUUAAAAGGGAACGCUCCAGCGCCUAG